AUGAAGAAGCUCUUCAAGUUAGCGUCCAAGUUCCACGGCGUAGGGCCCGUCGUCUUUGCGUGGCAUCCAAAUGGGACGUUCCUAGCAACCGCGGGCAAAAAUGGUUUAGUCCACAUCUUUGACCGACAGGGCGAACAGCACGAUGAGAUCGGACUAGACUUGACCGCUCCCGUCGUUGCCCUUGAAUGGGACACGGAGGGCAGUACUCUAGCUAUUCUACAGCAAGGGAGCAGUGUCGUUCCCCUAUGGGACAACGGGACACGCUCCACGUUGAGUCUGGACACGAAUCUCAAGGAUCCGACGUUCGCUCGAUGGUCCAAAGAAGGCUCGUUACUAGCAGUGGGGACUCAAAAGGGUAAUCUCGUUCUGUACAGUAAAAUCACUCGGAAGCUCGUCCCUGUAGUGGGAAAACACUCGCGUCGCAUUCUUUGCGGAUCCUGGAACGGAGAUGACAAACUAGUGUUGGGAGGUGAAGACCGCAUGCUCACAGUGAGCAAUCCACAAGGUGACACCAUUGAACAACGUGAACUGAGCCACACACCUUGGGAUAUCAAGUUUGGCCGCAAGAGAGGAGACUCGAUGAAAGCAGCCGAACAGCUGAUUGCAAUUGCACUCUCCAAGGCAAUCAUUCUCUUUAACCUACAGGAUCCAGCCAACCCAGUUGAACUCACGUUCCAGACACACUAUGGAAGUAUCAUUUUCAUCGAGUGGUUCGCGGACGGUAUGAUCAUGAUCGCCUUUUCAGAAGGAUACCUUAUUGUCAUUUCCACCAAGAUCGAUGAAGUCGGAGAGGAGCUUCAGUCUCAUCGAUUCUUUUCGGACCGGAUCUUCACUGCCUGCUACUCUUCGACACUGGACCGCGUGGCUCUUAGUGGAGAGAGCGGCAUCAAAGUUGUGGAUAUGACCACCUUCACGGAGGUCGCCGCAGACUUCAUAAAACUCUCAGAUACAGAGGAGAACGAAGCGCAUCUGAUGAACUUCACGUCUGAUGGUCAAAUUCUGACCGUGGCGACACAAGGAGGUACAGUACUAAACUUCCUAGCUCGAAUGCCUCGUAUCCACGAUCACUACGGCCACUACGUAGCCUACCUCAGCUCCUUACGUGAGCUCAGUGUAGUCGACACCCGUCGCAACGAGACCGGAAGUAGCAGUAAUGGAGCCAUUCGAAUCGCCUUAUCUGUUGAGCCAUCGUUCGUCGCCAUCGGACCUCGCCACGUAGCAGUCGGAAUGAACAACCGCGUCUGGUUCUAUCGCUGCGAUGGCUCAUCAUCGGACGCACUGGUUAACGAGCAACAGUAUCUCGGUCGAGUCACCAGUAUGAAGCUCAAUCGCGACUAUGCUGUUGUGCUGUGCGAUGGUAAAGCGAGUUUACACCUGAUUGAACCGGGAGGCAGCAGUCCCAGCGGUUCUCACUCGCCUACACACGGCGGCGAGUUGCAAGGCGAACACGGCAAAGUUUUCUCCGGUGGCGGUCGCGACGAACGCAACAGCGAGAUCAGCGCUGUAGCUCUGACCAAAGACUUCUUCAUAUACUCAACUACCAACGGUACAGGCUCCAUCCAGUUCUUCUACCUCAAUGCGUGGCAAUUUCUCGAUGGCUGUGCGUAUCGUCACGAAGACGGCGUGGGGAUCGUACAGCUCGCACCGAACAAAACUGGUACUCGGAUCUUCUUCCUGGACACUAAGCGACGUGGGUAUAUACUGAACGCCGCUACACGCGAGACCAUGAGCGUCCCUAAUCUACCUACCAGCACGUCUGGAGUGCUCUGGGAUAUGGUGGAUCAACAGGUUUUCAUAGCUCUACAGCCGAAAGAAAUGGGAGUCUUUCAAUUAGCAGAUUCUACCAUUCGUGGCCCCGAAGUCACUCAACUCGGUGUCUUGGAAGUGUUACCAGACGGCGACGUGCUUAUCGCACCACAAGCAACUUCAGUACCAGCAGAUUUGGAGCCGAUUCUCGUUAGUGAUGGCAUUGUAACCUGUCAGCACGCAUCGGGUGGGGGUCGACUGGCUUCUCUUACCUGUGUGACUCAUGACCAGCUACGUAAAGUUCCUCCUACCUCGACAGCAGGAGGUGAACUGGAGAAAGCUGCCUUUCGACAGAACCUGAGUCUCCUGCGUCUGGAUGAAGCGUGGAGAUUGGCAUCUCGUAUCGAUCAACGUGACUACUGGCUCGCUCUUGCUGGACGUGCGAUGCAUACACUUGAUAUCCCUGCAGCUCGACGUGCGUAUCGAUCACUGGGAGACUCUGGCAUGGUACUCGGUCUUGAUCGCUUAGCUGACAUUGAGGAGAAGAACCUCCUAGCUGGUUACGUGUGUAUGCUCUUCGGCGACUACAACGAAGCUCGUCGUCUCUUCUUAAAUUCCAGUGAUCCACUAGCAGCUCUACAUAUGCAACGUCACCUGUUGCAAUGGGAACAGGCUUUAAAGCUCGCUGACUCCUUAGCACGCGAUCUCGUACCUGAACUAAGUGCAGCGUAUGCUACGCAACUGGAAUUCCGUGGCGAGUUCGACGCAGCGCUGAGAAUGUACGAACACGCUGUGAAUGCCAUAGAAAGCAUUAGCAUAGAUGAAAGCAUCAAAGCGCCUGAACCAGAAGCUGCACUGAAGCUGAAGAUGCAGAGUCUCGCGGGUGUGGCUCGGUGCACUUUUCGCCUUGGAGAUCUGCGUCGCGGCGUGAAAUUGGUGACGGAAAUCGGCGACGCUGCAGUGUUCAAGGAGUGUGCUGCCAUCUUGGAAUCCAUGAAGCAGAUCGCCGAGGCUGCAGCAUUGUACGAACAGGGUGGACAGAUUGAAAAGGCGGCGCAGUUGUUCGUCCACAUGAAAAAUCUGGCACGUGCUGCACCGUUGAUGGCCCGCGUCAAGGCGUCAAAAGUGCACGCACAAUUUGCACGAGCAAAAGAAGCGGCAGGUGAAUUCGCGUCCGCUGCAGAAGCCUACGAGCGAGCAGGAGAAAUGGACAAUGUCGUUCGUCUGCAGUUGGAGCAUCUUGACGGCGCUGAACGAGCUUUCGAGAUUGUCCGCGAGACUAAAUCGUCCGAAGGAGCUUUGUCGGCGGCUCGUUACUGCGCUGAAGCAGGUCGAUACCCGAACGCUAUUGAGUUUUUGCUGCUAGCUAACAAGGAAGACGAGGCCUUCGCAUUAGCACAGCAACAUGGCGAAGUGGACUGCUUCGCUGCGACGUUGGGGCAAGAAAAUAUGUCGGCUAAGAGAGCGUCGCAAGUGGCUGAACACUACGAGAGGUUAUCGCCCGAGCGUGCAGCCGAGUUCUACCAGGCUGCUGGCAACUACCACAAGGCACUUAAGUUGCUCUUGGCAUGCAGCGCUGCAGGUGGAAGCGCUGGCGGUAGUGGAUCCGCUGCGGACACUGCGCUUGUCCGUGCUAUUGAAGUUGUCGGAGCAGCACGCAACGAUAUGCUGACGCACACGUUGAUCGAUCAUCUUAUGGGGGAACAAGACGGCAUUCCGAAGGACCCGCACCACAUUUUUCGAUUGUACUUGGCACUGGGGAACUACACGCAAGCAGCCAAGACUGCAGUGAUCAUCGCUCGACAAGAACAGGAACUGGGCAACUACAAGCUAGCACGCGAUGUCCUAGUCGAAACCUCACGUCAACUACGUGCUCGUCGUCUGCGUGUGGCUCAAGAGCUUCAAAAUGCACUUACAUUGCUGCACAGCUACGUGCUGGUUAAAAAACUAGUCAAGCGAUCGCAGCACGGACCGGCAGCGCGAAUGCUCGUUCGAGUGGCGCAGCAUCUGUCCAAGUUCCCCACACACGCCGCCAAUAUUCUCAUCUCUGCAGUUAUCGAGUGUCAACGUGCAGGUUUGCGUACGUACAGUUAUGACUUUGCUGCAACGCUCAUGCGCACACCUGAAUACCGCGGCUCGAUGGACAAGGACAUCCGACGCAAGAUCGAGGCGAUCGUACGUCGUCCCAAUAAGGAGCAACCGCCUGAUACUCGAACACCGUGUCCUUACUGCUCUCACGAACUCGCUGAAGCUGAACUGGACUGCCCCACCUGCAAGAAUUCCAUUCCAUACUGUAUUGUAACGGGCUUUCACAUGGUCAAGGAUGACUGGACUCAAUGUCCGCGAUGCACCUUUCCAGGUCUGUACUCACAGUUCGUGGAACAUCUCGGCACAGACGCAACUUGCCCGAUGUGCGAACAACCACUUACGCCGCAAGAGCUGCACAAGUUUCCUGAAAAUGAGGUGGUUCUGGACGACGAAGUCACUCCAGACGCUGUCGAAACGGGAGCGUCUCCGUAGAUAAUGUCAGCUCUAACAUUUAGGCAUGAAGCGAGCAAAACGACGUCAAUCGUUGUAACACUUGGUUGGCUAGGACUAUCACUCUCAAAAUACAUGAAGCUG